CCAGUCCCUGAUGGCUUCGGUGUCUGCCGCUUCCUCGGGCCGCGGGGCCCGAAACCUACUGCAGUUCCUGCGCCUGGUGGGGCAGCUCAAGAGAGUCCCACGGACUGGCUGGGUGUACAGAAAUGUAGAGAAGCCAGAGAGUGUAUCUGAUCACAUGUACAGGAUGGCAAUUAUGGCCAUGGUGACCAAAGAUGACCAUCUUAACAAAGACCGAUGUGUACGCCUAGCCCUGGUUCACGAUAUGGCAGAAUGCAUCGUUGGGGACAUAGCACCAGCAGAUAACAUUCCCAAAGAAGAGAAACAUAGGCGAGAAAAGGAAGCGAUGAAGCAGCUGACCCAGCUUCUGCCUGAGGACCUGAGAAAAGAGCUUUAUGAACUUUGGGAAGAGUAUGAGACACAAUCUAGUGCAGAAGCCAAGUACGUGAAGCAGCUGGACCAGUGUGAGAUGAUUCUCCAGGCAUCAGAAUAUGAGGACCUUGAGAAUAUGCCUGGGAGACUGCAAGACUUCUACGAUUCCACAGCAGGGAAAUUCAGUCACCCUGAAAUGAUCCAGCUUGUCUCUGAACUUGAGGCAGAAAGGAAUGCCAACAUAGCUGCAGCCUCCAGCGGGCCUCCCUCCUGA